CCGCCUCUGUCCCCCUGCGAUUGGGAAUUUGCUUCUGGAAGAGGAGGGAUUUGGCCUGCCAGCUAUUAUAAAUACACAGCAGUCGCUGGCACUCGGCACACUCGGAGAACACUAAUGAGACGCGGCGCUGAAAUUGAUUUCGAGAGCUCUUCUAUUUCGCUGCGAGAGAGUGCAGGCAGCGAGGAUUUGUGCAUCAGGAAGAUUGCACCACCGAGGUUCCGCUUGUAAUCGCCACUGACCGGCUCCAAGAAAAGGGAAAACCCAGUCUCCAAACAAAAGAAGGGGGAAAAAAACACAAAGUUAGGAGAGGAACUGUGUGAAGUUGUGCUUUUUUUUUAAACAAAAAAAAAAAAUCGAGAAGAGGUGGUGUCCAGCCAUCUUGCUCUCACGCCUGCAAGGCUAAUGUUUGAUCGACCCUGCCUGUCGCCAAUGUAUACAGUGGACUGUCGCUCCGUGGCCAAGUCUGAAGGAGUUAAAAUGUGCCGAAUCUGAUCCGCAUGUUGUGCUGAGAUCCUGGAGGGGGGUGGGGGGUGGGGGGACGCUCACAGUCACACUUUGCGUUUAUUUAAGGAUCUAUAUUGGUGGUGUUUAUAAACAGUCUGCCGGGCAAAAAGAGGAGGAGGGGUGGGAGGGGGGAGAGAGAGAGAGAAAGAAAAUAAGCAGCGCGCAGUCGGGGAGAGCUGUUGGCGACAUGGAGAGUUGCUUGCUGGAGGUCUACCUGCUGUACGUCUUGGCGUUAAUGCACAGAUCGAGCGGGGCCGCAGGCAAGGAUCUAUCGUGCCAGGAGAUCACCGUGCCCCUGUGCAAGGGCAUCGGCUACAACUACACCUACAUGCCCAACCAGUUCAACCACGACUCGCAGGACGAGGCGGGUCUGGAGGUGCACCAGUUCUGGCCGCUGGUGGAGAUCCAGUGCUCGGCCGACCUGCGCUUCUUCCUGUGCAGCAUGUACACGCCGAUCUGCCUGGAGGACUACAAGAAGCCGCUGCCGCCGUGCCGCAGCGUGUGCGAGCGGGCCAAGGCCGGCUGCGCCCCCCUCAUGAGGCAGUACGGAUUCGCCUGGCCCGACAGGAUGAGGUGUGAGCGGCUGCCGCGGCAGGACAGCCCCGACACCCUGUGCAUGGAUUACAACCGCACCGAGCUCCGCAGCGCCGCUCCGGCCGCACCCGCUCCCGCCGCCCCGCUACAGCCCACCAGGAGGCCGGCCAAGCCGGAGAGAGGCCGAGGUGGAGGACAGGCUCAGCCGCAGCCGCCGACCUCCUGCCAGGCGGGCUGCCUGUGCCGGCCGCCCAUGGUGCAGCUAAAGAGCGAGAGGCACCCGCUCUACAACCGGGUGAGCACCGGCCGCCUGCCCAACUGCGCCGUGCCGUGCUACGACCCCUACUUCUCGGCGGACGAGCGCAGCUUCGCCGCCUUCUGGAUCGGCCUGUGGUCAGUGCUGUGCUUCGCCUCCACGCUCACCACCGUGGCCACUUUCCUGAUCGACAUGGAGCGCUUCAAGUACCCCGAGCGCCCCAUCAUCUUCCUCUCCGCCUGCUACCUGUUCGUGUCGGCCGGCUACCUGGUGAGGCUGGUGGCGGGGCAUGAGAGUGUGGCUUGCGGCCGGCGCCAGCUCGGCUCGGAGCAGCACGUCCACUACGAGACGACGGGGCCGGCCCUCUGCACUGUGGUCUUCCUGCUGGUCUACUUCUUCGGCAUGGCCAGCUCCAUCUGGUGGGUCAUCCUGUCCCUCACCUGGUUCCUGGCUGCCGGCAUGAAGUGGGGCAACGAGGCGAUCGCUGGCUACUCGCAGUAUUUCCAUUUGGCCGCCUGGCUGGUGCCCAGCGUCAAGUCCAUCGCCGUGUUGGCUCUCAGCUCGGUGGACGGCGACCCGGUGGCCGGCAUCUGUUACGUGGGCAACCAGAACCUGGACAACCUGCGGGGCUUCGUGUUGGCGCCGCUGGUCAUCUACCUGCUCAUCGGCAGCAUGUUCCUCCUGGCCGGCUUCAUCUCCCUCUUUCGCAUCCGGAGGGUCAUCAAACAAGGAGGGGGAGCCCAGACCGACAAGCUGGAGAAGCUGAUGAUCCGCAUUGGGGUGUUCACCGUGCUGUACACCGUGCCCGCCACCAUCGUGGUGGCCUGCUACUUCUACGAGCAGCAUAACCGGCCGAGCUGGGAGCUGAGCCACAACUGCCGGUGCCCCGGUGACAGGGAGCAGGGAGGGGAAGCGGCCAGGAAACCCGACUACGCCGUCUUCAUGCUCAAGUACUUCAUGUGUCUGCUGGUGGGCAUCACGUCGGGCGUGUGGAUCUGGUCGGGCAAGACGCUGGAGUCGUGGAGAGCUUUCUGCACGCGUUGCUGUUGGGGCAGAAAAGGGACUGGCGGAUCCUUGUACAGCGACGCCAGCACCGGCUUAACCUGGAGGUCAGGCACAGCGAGCUCAAUGUCCUACCCUAAGCAAGUGCCACUAUCCCAGGUCUGACACCUCGUCACAAGACCCUUUUAACCCCCCUCACUCUCCUCGAAGAUUCUCACCCAACAUCUUUAUUAACACGUUAAUGAACUUCUAAUGGUAUCCAUUAGUGAGAAGUGAAGGACUGACCAGAGCGAAUGCUUCUAAAUCUUAGAACCGUGUUAUAUGCACAAGACAUCCACGAGAUGUUAAAAUGUCGGAGGACAAGCAUUGUCUGCUGCGUGUUGCUCCUGAGCAGGGACUUUAUAUAUUAAAAAAAAACUAUUUGGAGUUCUGUUUUAUCCUGCAAAGAGUCAAACCCUCUUAAUUGCUGGCAUCUAUUUGCUAAAGUAACUUUAAACCGAGGGACAAUAAAAAUGGCGUGCUUGACAUAUCUUAACACAUUGGGUGCAUCAAUCAGCCUUAAAAAAUCCUGUUUUAAAAAAAAUAUCCCAUGUAAUACGGGUUUCUUGCAAAAAGUUGUAUUUAUAUAAUUAUUUGUACUAUGAACACAAACUUGUAAAUUGUGUACAUAACAAAAGUGUUUUUUUUAAGUAUAUACAGAGUAUGUAAAUUUUUUUGUAUUAAAAAAAAAUCUAGUGGUUACUUCAGCCAGGGCAACAGAAAUAUUUGAAGCAAUUAUUCUAUUUUGACAAUAAAACAUCUUUUGAUUUAA